AUGCGCCGUAUCGUCAUGGUGGAGGAGGAUCCCGACCAACAACCACUUUUCUUCGCUGGGUUUUUGGCCGAGACGCCGAAUGCCGAACAACGACGCCGAAUCAGCACGGGCCUCGUCGUUGAUGUGAAACACUCUCCGAAGGGUGCGGACGCAGGUAUGAAGAUUGCUCUCUCGCUCGGAUCGUGGUCAGACGCGCGUGCAACGGGAGUUUUACGUUACAUUUACAGUAGCGGCUUCCGAACACGACUGAUCCCCAAACCCAAACCGAUUGGUGGGGUCUGCGAUGUAACACGUUUCGAAGCCGAGGAUAUACCCAUGGCGUACGGAACAGCAAUUCCCAUGGCCGUCCCCAAGGUAUCAGCUCCUCCCGCACAUACUUACGACUUAAGAACGGCGACAUCCAUAAACGGAGGCCGCAGUUCUCGUGUUCUGUUGCCGAACCAAAACGAAAAACCGAGAUUGACCAACGAGAUGAGAAAGGCUUUGAAAGACCAGGGGUACACUGAAGGUCUCGCCGAAGCGCUCAUUAAAAACAAAAUUGCGUUUCCUCUCUCUAUCUGGGUAGUGGACAACUCUGGCUCGAUGGCAAACCGGGAUGGACAUCGAAUCGUAGAAACUGCUGCUAAGAGCAACAUCAAGCUAGUAUCCUGUACACGUUGGGCCGAGAUGCAGCAGACUGUCGAAUACCACAUACAAAUGGCGGCUUUGCUCCGGAAUCCUACCGUCUUUCGACUAUUGAACGAUCCCGGCAAAGUGGCCGGCCCACAACAAUUUUCGGUAGCCGAACGCAACGAGCGCUACCUUUCCGAAGACGUUGCGAUCGCCCAACAAGUCAUGUUGAACGCGGCACCCAGCGGUGUCACGCCUUUGACGGAACACAUACACGAAAUACGUGAAAAUGUUCGUGCUUUGGAACCAUCACUAAGGUCUGAUGGUACCAAGGUUGUCUUGGUCCUGGCAACCGACGGCUUACCUUCAAAUUACAGAGGUAUUUCGGAUGCGGUAUCGAAGCGAGAGUUCGAAGAAGCUCUGCGGUCGCUAGAAGGCAUGCCAGUGUGGAUCGUUAUUCGACUUUGUACCGAUGAAGAGGAAGUCGUCAAGUAUUGGUCGGAUUUGGAUGCUGAGCUAGAGUUAAGCCUGGAAGUCAUUGACGAUUUUGUUGGGGAAGCGGAAGAAGUCAACAGUCACAACAAAUGGCUGAACUACGGUUUACCUCUUCAACGGAUGCGCGAAAUGGGAUUUCAUAGUAAAUUGUUUGACCUGCUAGAUGAGCAACAGUUGUCCAAAGGCGAGCUGCGCGACUUUUGCCGCAUUCUUUUUGGAGACAAUCUGAUGGACGGCGUUCCAGACCCGGAAGCCGACUGGAAAGGAUUCUAUCGCGAUAUUCAGCGUUUAGUAGAAGGAGAAAAUAAGACAUGGAAUCCGGUCAAGCGUCGCUUGGAACCGUGGAUUGACAUGAAGAGACUGAAAAAGGAUUACGGCGGCGGAUGGCUAUGGUAGCUCGAGUCUACUGUUUCAAUUUGAGCAGCAUCGCUCCAAUUUUAUCUUCAAUUUUACUUAUGGUGCCUCCACUAAUUUCCAAAAGGUCUUUACUUUAGCUCUUC